AUGUGCUAUCGAAGAUGUAUGUCUUGGACUAAAAUCGAUUUGUAUAAAGGCAAGCAUGGCCGUGCAAUAAGAAUCAUGAACUCAAAGCGUUCCAUCCAACCCAAAUACAAUAUGAACCGGUGUCCAAUACACAUUAUAUUACCUAUUCUGACCAUCAUUCUCCCUUAUAUAUCCACACUAAACCUUCCUAGUGGAGACCCUGCGCCAGGGAGAUCGCCAGGACCCCCCUUUUCUGAGAUCGAAGAUUAUGAUGAAACAACAACCAGUGAAGUGACCACAGUGCAGGUGAUAACUGACGCGUGUGAGUACGCCCGGAUUUCGAGUGAAAGUGAGCAGAUAGUGACACUGAGUGAGACGGAAAGUGAUGUGAAAUUGACAGUUAGCCACUCCGUUUUUGAUACUGCAGAGCUGGUUCGUGGAGUUGUUUACGAUGGUAAGUUUUUCCUUUAUCUACGGAUACUGCAGUUUUAA